AUGGAGUCUUCAGCCCACGCCGUUGCCGCCGAAGCUUUUAACACCAUCUUUUCUGCCUGGGCUAGAAGAGUGGUCGACCCCCUUCUCUCCCCCCCAAGUACGAGAACUGUCCGUGGGCAGACCCGAACCAAGAAAGCCGACAUCUCUUGGAGCCCAAGAGAGAUGCCAAAUGGCCGAUCGCAUAAGUGGCCAACUUUCGUUGGCGAGGUUGCGUGGUCGGAGUGUCGCACCAAGCUCCAAGAAGAUAUCAAGUUCUAG